GUAAACAAAAAUUGCAACGGAUUGAUUAUUGAUCCAGCCAUGGCUCUCAGCCAGAAAAGGAAGGUUUCUGACUGGAGAAAAACUAGUACAACUAAGAGACGAAAAAUCGAAAAAGAUGCAAAGAUAAUUACUUCUAGACCAGAACAAACAAUAAGUUCAGAACACUGUUAUUAUUUAAGAAGUGGCUCUACGAACAGGGCCAAAGGGUCUAAUAAAAAGCAAAAUAUUCAACAGUUGCGGCUUAAAAGACUUCAAAGAAAGAUUAAGUACUCUGUUAAAACCACUGCUGGUACCAGGGUGAAACGAGCAAGUCAUCCAAAAGUUUCAGUGAAGAGGUUGGAAAGUUCACGUGUCUGCAAACUGCAAAAAUCUGAAAAAAAAGACUCGGCCAGAUCCAAAGGGAUUGUUUCAAAAAUAGCAAGCACUAAGCUUGUCGGGAAGAGGAACACUUUGGGCAAACUCGGAAGUAGUAGAACUUCUGGAAGACAGGUAUCGGGGCAGUCUUCUCUUGUCUUCUCUGGUGUGUCUUCAAGUCGAGCUGAUAAUCGAACAUUUGACAAAAUUGUGCCAUCCGGUUCUCGUACCAUGUCUGGUGGACGUACAAGAGAAGCGACAGCAACAAGUCCCAGUGGGAAAAGAAUUUCGCUGGGUGAUAAUUCCUCAAAAGCUUCUGCAUCCAAGUCUUAUGUCAGUAAGAGAACUUUAGAUGAGCCCACACCUCCUUCAAAGCCUGUGUCACAAACAUUGAAAAGACCACUGCCAUUCAAUUCAACAAAAGCAACAUUUGUUAAACACUCGAAGGUGACAAGAUACAAUCAAAAUUUUGACAGAGAUGUUUCAGUGAUUGCCUCUUCUUCGAGGGCUACAGAGCCAGCAGAUUGUGCUAACAUGGAAAAAUUCCCAUCAUCUCUGUCUUCCAAAGGCAGUUCUGGGAAGAAGUCAAGAAACAAACAGACUGUUGCAGGACCUGCAUCAUCAGAUUCCACUCAUUCAAAGACUGUGAGUGUUUGCUCAACUGGAAGCAAAAAGUUGCAGUCGAAUUCCACUUCCAAAAACACAUUGCCUGGGGCUGCUAUAGCCUCAACCUCCACUUUGGCUGUGGCAACGCGUAGUCAGAAGAUGAAUGUAGCUUCUUCAUUGGUUCCUAAGCCAAUACCUCCGAGACAAGGACGUCUUAUGGGUGAUAAAGCUUCAGCAUCAACUUCAUCCUCCAUCUCGACCUCGCUAAGGCCUACGAAACAAACAAGUCCUGACCAAGCUCAAAAGGUGUCUCCUCCGGCUAUUAAUUACCAGUAUCCAACUCUAGCUGACCUUUCGAAGCACAUUCCACCUGACCCAGCAUCAUCUCCACCCAAGAAAGCUGAGGAAAGAGUCAAUGUCUAUGGUGUGGUCGAGUAUUUCAAACCACCAACGAGGACUUCAGGAAUGGACUACAUCAUGGUGGUUGUUCUCAGUGACGAGUCCUUCCAACAAGAACAAGUCAACGGCUUUAGAUGUUGUUUGUUUGGCAGAAGUCCUGAAGUGUUACCAAAAGUAACAUCAAUUGGAGAUGUUUUACGUCUACACAGAAUCAAGCUCGUCAAGCAUGGUGGUAUGGUAUAUGGACAGUCUAGUCCUGGCUGGGCAGGUCUGGUAUUCCCCAAGAAUGGUGAUCCACCGAUCUCAACUAGCGAGCAUUUUAAUCUCACAGCUAAGGACCACAGAAGGGUUGCGAAGCUUAGGAAGUUGGCACCUCGUCUUACGUUAGAAGCGACCAUCCAAAACGUCAGGCAUGGGACUUACGUUGACAUCAGCUGUCAGGUGGUGGCUGUUAAAAUAAUCAAUGCAGAGAGAGCAGCUCUUCGUGUGUGGGAUGGCACAAAGUUAUCGAGUGGAUGUCAGUCAUAUGGUUUUAAUGAAGAGGAUGUUCCUCAGGACCUGCGUGAUGCAAGUGAUGGUUUCACUGUUGAUGUCCUUGUAUUUGAUGACCAUAGGACUGAGGCAGAAUCAUUGAACCCUGGGGACAUGAUCCAGCUUGUCAAUGUCACAGCGGACCAUGGGCGUAUGAACCCAGAUGAUUUUGGGUUAAUCAUGAGAGGUGGAAGCAGUUACGGCCGAGGAAUCAAAACCUUGGACCGGGGAAGCUGUGAUUAUCAAACUUUGGAAGCAAGGCUCAAUCGAGUGCGGAAUGCAGAUUCGGAUGCAGUGUAACUGAUUCAGUGCCGAAGAACAUUUUCGUCACUCACAACCAGGCUUUGAAAGUUGAUCUCAGUUUACAAAUUUAGGUACAAAGUGUUGUAUAAGGAUAAAAACCGACCCUUUGUUUAAAAAUGUUCAGAUUUGUUAUAGUUGAAGAAGCUCAUUUGGACCAUCUGAUUGUGAGUGGAAUCUCCUUUCAUUGCUAAGGAAUACUGUUCAUCUAAAUAAUGCAAGACUUUCUGAUGCGAAUUUCUCUUUGAAAAGGCUCAAUAUUUUGGUGAAGAACAGAAAGGAUUGUUUCUUGAUGACUAAAUGUUAUACUUUCUGGAUGACCCUCCAUUUCUUAAGAUAACUUCUCAUAUUGUGCUGCAAGUUCUCACUUAAUGGAAACUAGUACGAAAAUGAAAAAUUAGUAAGUCUUUACAAUCCUGUUUUUCUGUUCUUUUUGGACUUUCUCGCAUGUUGCAAACUAUUUAUGAUUGCUAGUCAUUCAGUGUAUUCUGUGGAUCACUCGUUUUAGAAAAAGCAUAUAUGUCUUUCUGUUGUUAGCUGUUGCUUCAACUCCACCUUAUCAUAAUUAGAUGACAAGCUUCCUUAUGUGAGUGCUUCCUAUUAUUAUUGUCUUGUGUAUAAAAGGUCACCUUUAAAAACCGGUUUAUUUAUUACCAGAGCCUCCUAUUUAAGCCUUAAAGGCAAGGUUUGUUUGUUCAAAAAUUGAACUUGAUUUUAAAAAUUUCCAAUUGUGUGAAUAGAAGUCGAAAUUUCCUUUAAAAAAUUCUUUGUGUAGUCAGUCUGUGCGAUUUAAAUUGACAAGAACAAUCGUUCUGAAUAAA